UUACAAUUUAUUUUAAAAAAUUAAAUUAUAUACUAACAAUACAGUUUAUUAAAAUUAUUCUAAUUAAAUAUUGAAGUGCACCAAAGUAGAAAAGAGUGGUAGAGAUGGGGAAGACGAAGUUAGAACCUCAACAAUCCAAUACCACAAUAACUCAUUUUAGUCAUCCUCACACUUUAGAGCUAAUUACUCAUCAAAAUUUUGCUCCAUCACACCUAUGUUCAGGCUGCAAAAUUGAAGCUAAUGGAUCUGUAUACACUUGCAAAUCUUGCAAUUUUUUCCUCCAUGUUGAAUGUUCCCAAAUGCCACAGCAAAUCAAUCAUCCAUUUGACAAACAACAUGCUUUAUCUCUGCUUCCAAAGCCCAUUUACCCCGAAGGGAAUUUUCGGUGUGAUGCCUGUGGGGAAACAGGGGAUGGAUUUUCUUACCAUUGCAACAGUAUUGAUCUUCAUAUCAUAUGUGCAGUUCUGCCACAAUAUAUCGCUCACCGGUCUCAUCGUCACCAACUUGAUAUUCAAUUUUCAUCUCCUUACCCUAGUAAAUCAUUCCGUUGUGAUUGCAAGCAUAUUGGAACCAAUCAAUGGCUCUAUAGAUGUCAUACUUGUGGUUUUGAUGCUCAUUUGAAUUGUACAAAGUUGCAAAGUCAUUUCCAUCAGAACCCAAUAACAAGUAGUAAUUCUAAAUCUGCUCCUCAGCAAUAUCAGCAUCAUUGUGCAGAUCAUAUGAAUGAGGAGAUUAAAAACGAAAUAUCGUCCUUGGAAACUAUGUGAAAGCAAAGAGAAGAUGAGGAUAAAUUGAUGGCAGAAAUGAUCAUGGGCGGCGUUAAUCAUGAGACUCAACGACUAAACCAACUGUUAGGCCGUACAAAUCCAGGGAAUAACAACGGAACUGCUGCUGCUGCAACGCAAUUCGGGGCAAGUCAGAACAACGAAAUGUCGUUCCCUGAAAUUCUGCGAAAGCAAAGAGAAGAUCAGGAUAAAAUGAUGGCGGAAAUGAUCUCAGGUGCUACUUAUAGGCAGAAUCAACAACUAAGCCAUAUGAUAGCUGCUAGUUCUCUGAAUAACCAAGCAAUAAAUCAUCAAUUUAACCAAACACUUAUGAGUUAUGGAGGCUUUGCUGGUGGUGGUGCGGCGGGACAAGGACAAAUCCCAAAUUUAUACCAAAAUACAAUGGGUGCUGGUCUAUUUAAUACUGGUGCUGGUUUGGGUUUGAAUUCAUUAUUUGGAAAUCUUAAAUUCUGAAAAUUAUUUUAGAAUUGCAAACAGUCGAAAAGAAUCUUAGUUUUAUUGGUUAAUUAUUUCGUUUUGUGCAUCUAUAAUGUAAUUCUGUUUUAUAGUUGUUGCGAAUUUUAAAUUUUAUUGUUGAUUUGAAUAAUGGAAGAUGUGAAAAUCCAGGUUUGUGUAAGUACUUUUCCGGGCACCUUUUACCAACUCUCCCCCGAGUUUAGCUCACCAUUAGCCGGUUGCUUGCUCGUUCUCCAAGUAUCGAGUUCAGAAUCAAAUCUUAGACACGUGACAUUAUUUUA